AUGAGCUCAGUGGCACGGAAAUCUCGAUAGGGAAAAUCCUGAAUGAUUUGAACAGUACUAAAGUCCAUGUUGAUUCAAAUUCAGGUCAUUAGCAUCUUGUAUUCAAUGAGUUCUAACAGCCCUAAUUAUUAAUAUUUUUUAAUUUUUAUUUUUCUUUACUCUUCUAUUAUUAUAUGUAAUUUAUAGUAAUGUAAAGUCAAAAAAUCUGCAAGAGUCAAAUUGGCAAAUUGCAGAGAACUUCAUUUUACGUUCACUAUUUGAUAAUAACCUAAUCUACGUUGUUGCGAUAAGAUUGUCACUAUAGCUUCUUCACGUGGCAUGAGUGACGAUUGCGAAACUGCAAUAGCUGAAACAGGUAAGAAGUGAAAAAAAUCGACAAAACGAACUGCGUUCUUUCAAAAACUUUAUUAUUUCAAUCUUCAUAUUAAUUAUAUUUCGGGAUGGAAGAAACCUGACUGUAGCGACACAAUAUGAUGUAACUUUGACAUUGUAUAAUAAUUAUAAUAUAUUUGCAUUUGAGAAUUAAGAUUUCCUAGUUAGAAAAAUAUCUAAAAGUAUAUUUUACAAAUGCAGGAUGGGGUAUCUGGCAUUAUUUCAUCGUCACAAUAUGCGGCUUACUGUCGCUUGCGGAAGCAAGCUCUUCUCUAACUGUUCCCAUUAUAGCACCGCUAUUAGCGUGCGAUUUAAAGCUCAAUAGAGACCAGGCCACGAUGCCCAUCGCUACUGUUAAUUUCGGUAUAAAAAAUAUAUUAAAUUACUAUCUUAGUGAAUCUCGUAACAUAAUAAAAUGUUAAUUAUAAGAUAUUAAAAUAUCUUAUAAUUUACAUCUAGAGAGUCUAUGCAUAAAAACUGAAAUUUAUCACGAAGGUUUUAUAAAUUUUUUAAUAUUGAUCACGUAGGAAUGGCAGUAGGUGCCUUUCUAUUUGGAACCAUGUCAGACAUUGCGGGUCGUAAAAAAUUGAUCCCGGUUAUUAUGGGCAUCAUAUUUUGUGCCUCCGCUAUUCUUUCUUUCGCCCAAGCUAAUUUCUUGAUAAACUUAUCAGUAUUCUUGUUAGGACUGGGAGUGGCCGGGAAUAAUAUUGUUCUAAGAGUUUAUUUCAUCGAGUGCCUACCGAUGAGAAAGAGAGGAACUUAUUUAGCUGUAAUCGACAUGUUUUGGAUGGUCGGCUAUUUAUCAGCCUUAGGCGUUUCCUGGUCCAUGAUGCCAUCCGUCGUACGCAUGUUGGGCAAACAAUUCCGGCCGAGUUCCUGGCGCGUACUCGCCCUUGUCUGUGGCACGCCGAGCCUGGUGAUCGCCUGCAUCUCGGCUCUCCUACCGCCGAGUCCUCGGUAUUUGUUGCACCGUCGACGAACGAGACAAGCGCUCACGGUUCUUCAACAGAUGUACGCCAUCAAUAAUUCGAAGCACGCCGAUACCUAUCCGAUUAGGGAUUUAGAAGACUGCGUACGUGCAGACGACGAGGAUGAAGCUGACGGUAUUCAACGGUACUUCACGAAAACCUGGGAACGACUUCACAGGAUACGCAAGCCUCCGUACAAACGUGUGACACUAUACGGAAUAUUGGGAUGCCUUCUGCACUUUCCCGGAUUCGCUUGGCUCGCUCUGUGGAACACGCACAUUCUCCAGGAAAUGGAAAACGAUCAUGUCGCAAUAAGCGGGAACGGCACGUGUAAAGUCGACGUCCAGAGUAUGGUGCUGGAUUUUUUACGAAACUGCGACGAGGUGAACGGGACCCGUUUCGGGCUGCUCUCAUUAUUAUCGCUGGGCUACGUGUUGGGAGAGACGUUGCUGAUCAUUGGAAUCGAUGUCAUUGGCAGAAGGCCGUAUUUAAUAUUUUCGGGACUGGUGGGUGGCGUGGCCUCGCUCAUACUUAUUCUUCGAUUGCACCACGCGAUUCGUGUAACUCUCUCGUUGAUUUUCCUGGCCGCUUACGCUAUCGGGCGCACGACGACGUGCGUCUUGCUGCUGGAAAAUUAUCCCACCGCUCUGAGGGGCACGAUGAUGGGUCUGACGAGGAUACUUCCCCACUUGACGGUUUUCGCAUUGCAGCUCUUCCUGAGGACGACCUGCCUGCUGAGUAUUAUCGUCGCGUCGAUCAGCUUGAUGGGCGCGUCGAUCGUGAUGCUGCUGGUGCCCGAUUUAACCAGAUUACCGAUGAAAGAAUAGUUUACACUUUCGGAUAUAACAGAGAAGAUGUACUUUCUAGAACCACGAUUGUAUUCUUCUCGAAUAAAAAAAUCCCAUUACGUGCACUUUC